AACCACAAUACAAAUUCCAAAAAAACUAAUUACAAACCCUCACAUACCUACAACUCUGAAGUCUGUUACAACAAAUUUCUUGCAUACUUCAACCUACCUCUAAUCCCACAAGAUCAAACUAUUGGUUCUUUUCUUAAACACCUUCAACAACAUAAUCUUACACAUUAUGCUAAUUUUUCUAUUAAUACUAACAUUAGCGAAGCCCAUAUCUAUUUACCUUCCAAACUGCACCUAUUACCAGAACAUACUUUCAUUAAUCAAAAGCUCCUACACCA